UGGUACAUUUUUUUAACAAAAUAUUUUUUUUAUUUGCAGUCAAUUAGUACUAUUUUUUAGAUAUGCAUACUAAUAUAAAUAAUCUUUAUUCGAAAAUAAUAAAUAAUAAUUUUGGAGGUAUUUAAGUUUUGAGUUUAUAAUUUUACUAUUUUGAAGUAAUCUUUUUUUAAUAGUGAAGUUGUUAACUUCAAAUCAGAUUUUUCUAAUAGAAAUAUGUUUAAAACUAUACCAGCUCCAGUGUACACUUAUAAAUGUGAUGAAUAUAUACCUAAUUGUUUGUUAUUUGAUUCAAUUAAUCAAUUGUUAUAUACUGGAACUCAAACUGGGGAAAUUCUAACUUGGAAUUUAGAGACUAAUCGACAAAAAAGUAAAACGAAGGCUGGUAAACAAUGCAUUUUAAAAUUGGAACUACUGACAACUAAAAAUCUAUUGAUAUCACAAAACAAAUUAGGCGAAAUUCAAUUUUGGUUAAUAAAUAAAUACAAUUUGUCUAAUAUUCAUACUAUAACAACUCAAGUUAUUGGAUUUUGCAAAUUUGUUUUGUAUGAUAACGAUUUAAUUCUUUGCAAAUCAGACAAGGAAAAAUAUGUUAUGAACUUUUUUUCAAUUCAUAAUUAUGAAAAAGUAAAAACAUUUAAUCCAAAUGAUAGUACAUUAGGGGAUUUAAUGGUUAUAAAAUGUGUAAAAAACUAUAUUUUUUGCGCAUAUGAAUCGUGUAAAAUCAUUAUUUGGCUUGAAGAUAAAAUUGAUGAAACAGCAGAAUUCCCUGAUGUUGAAUGUUUAAUGGCUUUAGAUAUAGAUAGUAAUAUAACUAAAGGAGUUUGUGCCGGAAGUUCAGAUACAAUUUACUCAUUUCAAGUGAUAAAUAACAAAAUAUGUUUGAAAAAAAGUAUUAAGAUUACAAACCCUGGCAUAAGUGAGCUAUGUUUAAGAUCAGACAAUAAACUAAUAGCAGCAGUUUGUUGGGAUUUUAAUGUCAGAAUAUUUUCAUGGAAAACAAUGAAGUUAUUGGCUCUUUUGGACUCACAUUCUAAUGGAGUUUUGGAUGUUACCUUUUCUAAAUCAUUAAUAACAUUUUGGAAGACUGAAUAUUUACUUGCUAUUGCUUGUAAAGAUUGUAAAAUAACCCUUUGGAAUAUUUACAAUGAUAAAUCAAAUAUUAUUACUAACAAAAUUAUAUGAUAUGUAUAUAAAUAAAAAAAAAUAUAUAUGUAUAAUUUUUCAAUCUCAUUCAAUGUUAUUUUAAAUUAUAAGCUUAUAAACAAUAAUCUUUAAA